AGUGAUAUAUUUUGCAAUGAGGAGCUGCAACAGAAAUUUCCCGGAUUAGAUCGUAAACAACCAUGGAUCCGCAGAGAACAUCACUUUAGUUGACAGAUUCUAAAAAUCACUACCCACGGUGACACUCACGAUUAUAGCAUCAUGUGCAUUUACAACAUCGCGUUCAGAAUGGAAGGGAUUGAGUUGUAUGACCGUUGAUGACCGUUCCGGUGAUUGUCACCCACGAAUCUGCUGUCUACCGCGGGACAUUAUACUGCAUAUGUCAGGGUGUUGAAGAGGAGAGGAAUAAGCUCCUUGGUGAGCUGGUCAAGGGUUUUCGAGGAUCAGGGAGAGCCCCAAACAACCCCAACAAGAAGAUCAGAAUUCAAAGAGAUGAAAUAAUAGACCUUAUCCACUCACUGAUGAUACAACCGUCUACUCAUAUUUUCCAAACUGCAACAACAACAACAACAACAACAAACUGGUAAACCUAGAACAUUGGAUCCCACAUUUUAUUAAGCUGACCUAAAGCUUUUGGAGUUUUCUGUGACCCAUAGAGUAAUCGUGAACCAAAUCAAUGUCUCUAGCCAGAAUCCAAUACUAGUAAGUGGCAACCCUAAGGCAGCCAGCCACGUCCCUCCCACCGUUUGGGAACCACUGAGUUGGAGGAGAACAACAGCGUGAAGGAGAGGAUGGGUAACAAGAGCAGCAGCCCCUCCAGAGACCCAGACACUGAUACUACUCAGAGGGAGGAGAGAACCAACACUGGAACUGCCUCAGGAAGUGGUCACCCAGGCCCAUGCCCUGACCUGCUUGCCUCACUACAGUCAUUGGGAGAACACAAUGACCACACACUGCUGCCACAGUCUCUACACCAGAUAGCAGAGGCCUACUCCCUGGAUGAGGACUACCAGUGGGCGGUGCAGUUCCUGCAGCUGGAGAAACUGUACCAUGAGCGCCUCCUGUCCAAUCUUGCUGCCCUGCAGGAGGACUGGGAGAGCCAGUGGAGAGAGCGUAACAGAGUAGCAGAGAGCACCUCCCCAGCUGAGACCAACAGCACUGGACAGGAACACAUAGAAAUGCUGAGCCAGAUCUGCAGGACGCACCAGAGACCAAUGCUUAGUGCGAAAAUGAGCAUGGCAGACACGGUGCUGAAAGACAGCCACAACACCAGGGGGCAGUGUGAUGGGAGAGAGAAAGAAAGGUCACCAUCCCAUCAUGGAAAAGUCAGAGUCAACAACCCUGUAAGACAGAGUGAGGAGGAUGUUAAGGAGACCACGUCAACAGGAGCUGUCCCUGACAUGGCUGAGGAGGGAGGAGAGGAGGGAGAGCGAGGAAAGGAAGAGUUGGAAGAGGAAGGGCAGGGGGUGGAUGAAGAGGAGGUGUUUGAGGAGAGUCCAGAAGAGGAGGUGCAGGUGGUGGAGUGGCCAGUGGGGGUUCCCCAAGCCUCAGCCGAAGACCUGGACAAACUGUCUCAAGUGGAGGAGCGCUCCUCAGCAGACGGCCUGGUGUCCAUUCUAAAGAGGAGGAGGGCAUCGUUAGAUGGCCUGCCCCCCGAGGGUCCCGAUGCAGCCAAACACAACUCCAAACGAAAGGUGCACUUCAGCCAGCCAGAGGACGGCAUGGAACCAGACGAGGUGGGCGGAGACUCAUGUUUGAUCCUGCUGUUGUUGUGCCUGGUAACCGUGGUGAUCAGUCUGGGCGGGACGGCUCUGUACUGCACCCUAGCGGACACAUACAGUAGCAUCUGCAUUGAUUUCUCUCACAAUGUAGACUUUUACGUUGUGCACGUACAACGCUUCUUGGAUAGGUUCAGCCACUGGAUGCCCAUACGAUCAUAGUCAGGACUACUACUGCAGUCAGGACAUACAGUCACUUACUGCUGCAGUCAGGACAUACAGUCAGGACAUACAGUUACUUACUGCUGCAGUCAGGACAUACAGUCAGGACAUACAGUCACUUACUGCUGCAGUCAGGACAUACAGUCAGGACAUACAGUCACUUAUUGCUGCAGUCAGGACAUACAGUCACUUACCUACUGCUGCAGACGAUGUAGACUCAGUAGCCCACUGUAGCAGUCUAUGGACUAAACAUACAGAAUAACCUACCUACUGUAGCAGUCUAUGGACUAAGCAUACAGAAGAACCUACCUACUGUAGCAGUCUAUGGACUAAACAUACAGAAGAACUUACCUACUGUAGCAGUCUAUGGACUAAACAUACAGAAGAACCUACCUACUGUAGCAGUCUAUGGACUAAGCAUACAGAAGAACCUACCUACUGUAGCAGUCUAUGGACUAAACAUACAGAAGAACUUACCUACUGCAGCAGUCUAUGGACUAAACAUACAGAAGAACCUACCUACUGUAGCAGUCAAGGUCAUAAGGUCAUUGUUGUUCUGUGGAAGGGCCUGAAAUAAAGACUGAAUGGGCUUAUAAUCAGUGACCCAACAGGAGACGUUUCUACCGAGUGACAUUUCAGAUGCAGUCCAAUCUGUUUCCAGAACACUGCCUCCCAUCUUGUUUUUAACCUCUUCUUUUAACUUGUGGACGCUGCACAAAAGAGCUCCCAAAACCACAGAGGAACAAAGCAUAGCAUUGUAAAGUACAGGUAACUGCCAAAAUAAAGGAAACACCAACAUAAAGUAUCUUAAUAGGGAGUUGAGUCACCACGAGCUGCCAGAACAGCUUCAAUACACCUCGGCAUAGAUUCUACAAGUGUCUGGAACUCUGUUGGAGGAAGGCAACACCAUUCUUCCACAAGACAUUG